AUGGUACGGACCCCAAUGGAUUUCUACAAACAGCGCCGAUUCAUUUGCCAGAUCACAGGGCACUCUGGCUUGACGUUUUUCGAAGCUCUCAAGAGCGAGCUUGCUGGCGCCGAAGAAGUCGAGCAGGCCUUCCCCGAAGCCCUCAAGGGCCCGGUGCUGCGACGCGUACAAUUCCAAACGGUCUCUCGAAUCGAUACCCUGGUAGACAUGGUUUUUGAAGAGUUCAGGGCGGACUACUACCCUGGCGAAGCAGUCACAGUCAGCACGGCAGACGGAGAGAGGUUGCAGGGCGUUGUCAGAGAAAAGACCCGGUUUGGAGGCAAGGUACUACCCGACGGCACCUUGACACCUCCCUACACUAGAUACACGGUCAGCCUCGACGAGAGACCCGGCGCCGAAGCUGUGGUUGACGACGAUCACAUCUGGCGCGAUCGCAAGAUCUUUACGAAGUCGGUCCUGCGCUCUUUUAUCAAGAAGACGGUGACGCGCGAGGCAUGGAACGGCGCCCCGUGGCUCGUCAAGCAGGACUAUGCGGCACAAUACCACAUCGACUCUCGGGUCCCGGCUCACCUGCGCUACGAUACAAAGUUGAUGGAGCGGAAGCAGAUCCAGGCACAGAAGCGAGCAAACCAGCCGCAUGGCCAAGAGGCAAACGGUGUAAACGGAGCUAUGCAGAACGGGCCGGCUAGGUUACCGGAACUGAAACCUGCACCAAAAAACCAGAAGGGCAAGCUGCAGCACCAAUCUCCGGAUUUCGACGGCAAGGGUUCGCAGGGCAUGCUUGCUGGACACGAAGGCGUAUUUCAGGCGCCUCCUCAUAAGAAUCCCUUCCAGCUCCCUCUCAACUUCAGAAACCAGCAAAUGCAGCACUCCAUGGCUGCUCCCGAAGUACCCCCACCGCCUCCGCCGCCAAAAUAUCCCAUCGAAGAUUUGCAGGUACCGAUGAGGGAGGGUGUUGUCAGACCGCCGCUGUCGUUCUUCUGCAAGGACCCUCCAGCCGAGACUGAUGACGCCACCAAGGGCAGCGCUGGCCCGCAGGACAAGAUUUCGAUGGAGUCAGUCGGCUUGUUCCUGGAGACGUGGGAUACGCUCAACGUCUACUGCGAGAUUUUCAAGCUGGAUUCAUUUACGUUUGACGACUUUGUUGAAGCGAUGUGCGCUGCAUCCGAAGAGACGACGAUUCAGCUAUUUGAAGAGAUUCACUGCGCCGUUCUGAAACAGCUCGUCAGCGCUGAGGCAGACGGUGGCAAGGUCAACGUCCCGCUGCCAGAAGUCGAGGAGGAGGAUGACUCUGAGGAGGAAGAGGAGGAAGAAGAAAAGGAGCCCACACCUGAACCUGACAGGCCGCCUGCUAGAGCCACUAGAAGCAGUCUGGCGAGGGCCGAGGCAGAGAGAUUGGCUGCGGAGGCGAGGGCCGCUGAGAAGGAGAGCGAAAAUGUGGAGCCCGAAAUCAAGCAUCGCGCAGACGAGGUUCUCGAGGACUACGACUGGAUUGAAGAACUCCGAAAGCGAAACUUCGCAAAUGGCGGCUGGGAGAGAAUCAUCGUUGGUCUGCUUCAUCAGCUGUCGAAGGACGAACGGCAUGAGAAACAAUGCGAAGACCUUCUCGCACAGAUCGUUCCCCCGGAGGUGGAGCAGCCCACGCAGGACACCGUCAGGGAGCAGUACGCCAACCUCGACGUUAACCUUCGCGUCCAGGCACUGCAAAUCAUCUGCUUGCUUACCACCAGAACCAAGGCCAUGCGCACGUACAUGGAGGAGUGCAGCGAACAGAUGACUGCUUUCCGCAAGGAGAAGAUUGACUGGCAGCGUCAGAGGAAACAAGCACUUGAGGAGCUGCGUGUUCUUAACGACCAGCGCAAGAUCUUGUUGCCCGACAACAUGCCACCGUCGCCGCCUCCUGAAGCGGAAAAGCAGGAUGAAGACGUCAAGAUGGCCGAUGCUGAUGACUCAGUCGCGGAUGCCGAGGAUGAAGUUGCCGACUCCGAAGAAGAGGGCGCUCCCCGCAGAAACAUCCGUCGUGCCAACGAUCGUGCUGCUGAGAGGCAGCGCAAGCGCGAAGAAGAAAAGAAGCGCAAAGAGAAGGCCGAGGCCGCGAAGGUGCCCAAGCAGUCGAAACAGUUCAUCAAGGUCCUCAAGGACAUCACCAAGAAGGAGGAGUUCAUCAAGAAGUGUGAAGAGGAAAUUGCCGUCAUCGACAACGACCUUCGCGAAGCAGACUGCGGUCGAACCAGGGUGCUUGGCAAGGAUCGAUUCUGGAACAGGUACUACUGGUUUGAGCGGAACGGAAUGCCCUACGGUGGGCUUCCAGACAGCUCUACCGCUGCCGCCGAAUACGCAAACGGUUGCAUAUGGGUCCAAGGACCUGACGACCUGGAGCGCGAGGGCUACAUCGACACCGAUCCCGAAUACCAGGCCGAGUACAAGACCAAAUUCGACAUGACUGUUCCAGAACGCAAAAAGCUGGAAGAGGGCACUACUAGCGUUUACAACGCGCGUCAGUGGGGCUUCUACAGCGAGCCGGAGCAAGUCGACGAGCUCCUGAAGUGGCUCGAUCCUCGUGGAUUCAACGAACUGCGACUCAGAAAAGAGAUUGUGGCCUUCAAGGACAAGAUCGUAAAGCACAUGGGAAACCGAAAGCAGUACCUCGCCAGCGCAGAGCCCGAGGAGAAGGAGGAGAAGAAGGAGAAGAGGAGAGACUCCAAGCGGAUGAGUACAAGGGGGCGCCAUCAUGAGCCGACGCCUGAACCGACGAAUUACCGCUGCUUGUCUUGGGAGAACACCACAGCUAUGGAGGAACUGGGUCACCUCCAUUCUGAGCCCCCUCCUCCCCCAAGACCCAGAAAGCAGACGACAAAGAAGAGGCAGGCCGUUGAGCCCUCUCCCUCUCCUGAGCCGGCACAGAAGACAAGACGGCGCAAGUAA